AUGCCACAAAUACGCUUGACCGAACCUCCAAAAACUCCCGAAAUUGCUAGUUUUGAAGAUGCUCAAAUACUCAGUGCCAAACGUGUAAAGGUGAAUGGACCUAUGAAUUUUAGCACUGUGUAUACCGAAGCAGAUUAUGAACUUGCACUGUCCACUUUUAACGACAUCGUUAGACAUUUCAAAAUUCCGAACCAAUACCUAAUGGAGCCCGCUACGGAUUACAUUGAUUACUUACGCUGCACAAUCAAGGAAGCACAUAAAGCGGAAAAUAAACUCUUCAAAUUCAGCAGACUCAAAAAGACGUUGUCCCUCAAAUCGCUAGGCAAAGACUAUUCCAAAAUACAGAUGUCAAGAGACAUGAAUUUUUUGGCAUCCGUGUUCAUCAUCUCAUGUGAAAAAGGUCAUCUAAUUGAGAAACUAACUCAGGAGCUGGAAAAGUCCGGUAUAAAGCCACCAAAGGAUAAAAUACAACAACAUUUUGAUGUUUUCAAAGAUCGACUCAUGUGUCUCAAUAAUAAUCCAGGGAUUUUCUUUGAAGUCUCCACGCCGCUAACAAACUUUGCUAGGCACUGUUUAGAAACUCGGAACCUCAUCUUUACAAACUUUCCUGCUAGCAGGUCGAGUCUGGUUGAAUUCUGGACGACAUCUUUGAAGGAAUACUCCAUGGUAUUAGAUAAAAAAGACUGGACGAAAGCCAAGAUCGACUAUUCCUCUGCUAACGACUCAGAACUCCGCAAAUUCAUUGAAAGCUCACCGUCGAAGGAAGAUCUCGAGUUUACUACAGAAAGUGAAAUGGACACCACAGUAGACAAAUCAGUAAAUCAGGUUCCUCAUUUCCCUUUGAUGGAAAGCACCCAAGGCACCUCUUCUCCAAUCCAGCGAACUUUACAGCAACAAGCUGAAAUUCAGGAGACCUCUAUUGAUCAAUCAACUGAUGAGGCCUGUUCACAGUCAUCAGAAAGCGUUCCAUACCUGCUAGAGUCUGACACAUCAAGAAAUGUUGAAAAAUCUCACCACAUUGAUACUGAUAAUACGACAGAAGGGUCGGUCAUUGACUACGAGGAAUGCAUGUCAAAACAAGACAUCUCAUAUCAAUUUGAUAUAACAUCUACCCCAUCGAAGUCCCACAAACCAUUGAGUGCGGAGCGUGUUGAAGACUUAGCUUUUACCGAGAAGAUUGAUAAAUUUGAAAAAAUGGCCGGUAGAUUGUCCGGAGAGAGCGUUCUCAUCGAAAGACAUGAAAACAGGUACGAAUCUUCAAUGGACGAAACAACGAUAUUAUCUGAAACCGUGCGGUUGCAGAGAAUGAAACUUUCUGAGCCGGACAUCGAAAAAGACGAAAUCUUGCGUAACACACUUCAGCAGCUCAAUUUGAAAAGGAAAUGUUCGGAUCCAGAACUACAUGAGUCAAGAAAUCUGAGCGUCAAACAACGAUUUGGACUUUUCCUUGACAGCCGAUAUAGAGAAUUAUCGAACACAUCUGAAUUUAGAUACCAGAUCAUCACACCACAAAAACUUUACGAACGCCUUUCUGGAUGCGAAGGACGAAAUUGGGAUGCAUUGCCCCUGAAGGAGAAAGGUUCAUACUAUUUUGCAUUCAAACGACAUUAUGCUGAGUUAGUGAACCAUGGGGAAAGGUAUGAUAGGAGACUUGUCGAUUUGGUGGCAGAAGUGUGUUCUGAGUUUGAGUAA